AUGGUACGAAACAUUACCAAAGGUGGUGGUUUUAUGAGGCUGUUUGGCACUUACCUAUCCUCUCACGGGUCCUCUCUCGGCACAUACUUCAGACUUCUCAGACCGAGAGGAGUGCCGUUGGACUUUCGUGAAAUUCUGCAGAGAUUAAACACACCGUUCAUGUUUUGUUUGAAGAUACCAGGAUCUACUUCGUUAGCUGAGGGACUAGAAAUAAAGGGACAGAUGGUUUUCUGUUCGGAAUCUGAUUCACUUCUUUUCGUCGGCUCACCCUUCCUAGAUGGCCUCGAAGGGUUGACAGGGCGGGGACUGUUUAUAUCUGACAUCCCAUUACACGACGCUACGAGAGACGUCAUCUUAGUCAGCGAACAAACAAGAGCCCAGGACGGCCUUCGAAAGAGAAUGGAUAAAUUGAAAAAUUCAAUAAUGGAAACCAGUAAAUCAGUUGACAAGGAGAGGGAGAAAAACGUCAGCCUUCUCCAUUUAAUAUUCCCACCGCAUAUUGCGAAGCGACUAUGGCUAGGUGAAGCUAUAGAAGCAAAAAGCCAUGACAACGUGACAAUGCUCUUCAGUGACAUAGUAGGUUUCACGUCCAUAUGUGCUACAGCCACACCCAUGAUGGUCAUUGCCAUGCUUGAAGAUUUAUACAGCGUGUUUGACGUAUUCUGCGGAGAACUGGAUGUCUAUAAGGUUGAAACCAUCGGAGACGCGUAUUGCGUUGCGAGUGGCUUGCAUCGUAAGAUAGAGACUCACGCGCCACAAAUAGCGUGGAUGGCGUUACGUAUGGUAGAAACUUGUGCCCAGCAUCUCACUCAUGAAGGAAAUCCCAUAAAGAUGCGUAUAGGUCUGCACACAGGCACAGUGUUGGCCGGCGUGGUCGGCAAAACAAUGCUUAAGUACUGUCUCUUUGGCCACAACGUCACUCUCGCCAAUAAGUUCGAAUCCGGUUCAGAGCCUUUGAAGAUCAACGUUAGUCCAACCACUUACGAGUGGCUAAUAAAGUUUCCGGGCUUCGAAAUGGAGGCACGAGACCGCUCGUGUUUGCCCAAUUCGUUCCCUAAGGACAUUCCUGGGACGUGCUACUUCCUACACAAGUACUUACAUCCUGGAACGGAUCCGGAUGCUACACAAGUAAAGCAUAUAGAAGACGCUCUAAAAGAUUUCGGCAUCGGCAAAGGAAAAACUUGCGAAGAGGAUUGCGAGGAACCUACA